UUUAAGGCUCAACUUGACUUGCAGGAAAGUUGUUGCUGGAGUUGACUGACCACAUGAAGCCAGUGACUGACCUGGCCUUCGCUCCCGAUGGCUCCCUUAGGCUGGUCUCCGCCUCUAAGGACUCCACUGUCAAGGUAUGGGACAUGUCUGAUGAUGGUAACAUGUUCAAGACACUGAGGGAGCAUCCUGGACCAGUCAGGAGUCUCUGUUGGUCACCUGAUGGCAAGUUUCUCUGCUCCACCGGUGAUAAACAGAAGGUACUACUGUGGAACAUGGGAACAUACAGCCUAAUACGACGGCUCUCUGGUCACUACAACAACGUACUGUCCUGUGCCUUCUCUCCUGAUGGUGCCAUGUUGGCCACCGCUUCCUGUGAUACCAGGGUUAUCAUCUGGGAUACCAGCAGUGGUGAACAGUUGAGGAUCCUGAACCACAUGAACCCAACGCCUGGCGUCAUCUACAUGUCUGGCGAAAUAAUUCUGGGCGUGCGAGGUGUGGACUUCUCACCAAAAGGCUGCCAUGUUGCCUCUUUGUUUCUUCGAAGGUUUCUGCGGUUUUGGAACUUGAUGAGCGAAGAAGAUGAACCAGAGAGCAUGGGGUCGGCACUUGCAGGAGACUCUAUGCUUAAUUGCUCCUUCUCUCCACUGGGCGGGGCAGUGUCUGUAGGGUAA